UUUCCUUCUUGUACAAAAUUUCCUCUUCCUUCCCGUUCGUGGUUGAAUGUCGGUUCUAUAAUAACACAAGUAACCGCUGCUUAUUUGCACUCACAUCUAAACUCCAACGGGCCGCCGCCGAACGCGCACCUUUCGCUUCCCCGCGCACACAAUUCUGCGUUUAAACGAGUUGACGGAACCGAACCGAACACCGUGAUACAUGAGAGAGAAAUGAGUGAACACACAACAGCGUCACUGUGAAAGCUGCGAGUCCUUUUCCCUCGAACGAUGAUGGCGCUGAUGAAGUUACCGCGCAGAAGGCAGGUGUCCCUGAAGGCACCACGGAUCUGUUUGGAUACAGAGACUUUUCAUCACAUGAUUGCACGGAAGCUCUGUCCGUGGUGAGUGAGGAUCAGCCCAUUUUCGAGCCGCCCUACUCCACAACCAUGCACAUGAAGACUGAGAUGACGUCGCCCGGCGGCUUCGGCCAGACCUCCAAACAGAGUCCUGAGCCCACUGAGCCGGAGUGGGUGGGGUCCAGAGCCCAGAACUCUGGGAAAAGAAGUGAACACAUGAAUGGAAGCAGUGCUGAGUCCCCGGUUGACUGCAGUGUCACCAAACGCUCCAGACACAUGAGCAAUGACGGGGCACCCAUGGUGUACCAGGUCUCCUACGCAGAACCUCGCGUCAGUCCUGAGACCACCACACCACCCAGCAGCAGCAGCACAGAGGAGAAGAGGGUCAUUGUGCCUGCAGACCCAGAGGUGUGGACCCAGGACCACGUGCGGCAGUGGCUGGACUGGGCCAUCAAGGAGUAUGUCCUGGAGGAGGUGGACGUCAUGCUCUUCCAGGCACUCGACGGAAAAGCCCUGUGCAAGAUGACCAAGGACGACAUGAUGCGCCUCACGUCAGCCUACAACGCAGACAUGCUUCUCUCGCACCUCAAUUACCUCAGGCAGAGUAGCCCUACAUUCUCAUACUCCACAACUCCAACCAACAACACACCCCCACAACAGCCCAGACUACAGGUGAAAGCAGAGAGUGACUUUGAUGAGAUCAGCCGCAGAAACAGCUGGCCUGCAAACACCAUGACUGCGGUGCCCAAAGGUUCUUCCAUGGAGCACCAUCACAGUACAAGAGUUACGGAGCCUGCUCCAAGAAUUGUCCAAGACCCCUAUCAGACACUAGGGCCCAUAAGCAGUCGAUUAGCUAACCCAGAAGGCCAAGCCCUCAGCUCAUCCAAGAACCGAACAGGCAAACAAAGUCCAUACAAGCUCCCUGACCCCAGCGCUCACAGGCCUGUGGGUUCGGGGCAGAUCCAGCUGUGGCAGUUCCUGCUGGAGCUGCUGUCCGACAGCAACAACGCUGGCAUCAUCACCUGGGAGGGGACCAACGGCGAGUUCAAAAUGACCGACCCUGAUGAGGUAGCCAAGCGCUGGGGAGAGCGCAAGAGCAAGCCCAACAUGAACUACGAUAAGCUGAGCCGCGCCCUGCGUUACUACUAUGAUAAAAACAUCAUGACGAAGGUGCAUGGAAAGCGCUAUGCCUACAAAUUUGACUUCCAAGGCAUCUCACAGGCGCACCAGAACCACGCAGCAGAAGGCGGGAUUGUCAAGUACCAGACGGAGAUGUCUUACGUGCAGCCCUACCACAGCCACCAGCCCAAAAUGAACUUCAUGGGUGGACACCCUUCACCUAUGCCCGUCUCCCCAGGCAACUUUUUUGCCUCUCCAUCCACAUACUGGAACUCCCCCAACAGCCCCAUCUACCCUGGGUCAGCCAUGACCAGGCAUCCCGCCACUCACUCCCACCUGAGCUCAUACUACUGAGGAGAAGACAGUGAACAGCUGACAGGGAUCACACCUGCAGGACGUACCUGAGCUGAACCCGAUCUGAAGAUCUGAUGAUAUGACGCUACAGUGUGCUCUGUACGGGCAUUAUCAAGUUGUCUUUGUCACAUCUAUCCUUACACAUGGACAAACAUGAACGUCUUACUCCUCCUCGAGUUUUCUGAUUACACUCAAGACAUUAUAUUAACGGUGAUACAGUUAUAAUACCAAGUUUGUUUUUUAUUUGAAUAUUGUUUGAUAGUAAGCUGUUGUAAAGUCUAAAGUCAUCAUCUUUACAGUGUGAUUGCCACAAUAGUUAGCAUAACUGUAAUUUUCACAUCCAGUGUGACUGACAUUUGUAAAAGACAAGUUGUACAGAAUAAUUGUUACGUGUCAUUCAUGGUGUAAAGCUAAUAAAUGCUUGUAUCUGAA